AUGUCACGAGAUCCAUACCACGAUUUCGCCUCGGACCUCAAAUCGUCGCUCUCAUCAGCGCGCUCGCUAUCCCAAUCCUAUCGACAACUGGUCUCGCGGUCACAAGCACAUGCGUCUUCCUCUUCAUCCGCGACCAACUCGGGAGACGUCGAAUCAGCACACGACCGGUUAUCGGAUGCCAUCGAAGGAUUGCGGCAGGACGUCGAGGAUGUGAAACAGAGCGUGCUUGUGGUGGAACGUAGUGGACCAGAGAGAUUCGGAGUGUCACCGGAAGAGCUGAGAAGCAGAAAGGCGUUCGUUGCUGAGUGCGAGGCGGAAGUCAAGGCACUGUCACAAGUGGUCAAAAGCUCACCACCGGGCGGAAGAGACAGAUUCGAUUCGGUCAAGAUCGACCUCGAUGACGCGGACGAGGAUGCAACGGAAGCAUUCGAGCGCGAACAGCAGCAGAUGCUCAUGUCACGGCAGGACUCUACGCUCGAUAAGAUCGGAUCCACGCUCAGCUCGCUCCGCAAUCAAGCAGGCAUGAUGGGUCAAGAGAUCGGCGAACAGAUCGAAAUCAUCGACGCCUUCGAUUCAGAAGUGGAUCAGAGUCAAGGCAGGCUGGGCAAAGCGAUGAGCAAGAUGGACGAGGUGGUGAGAAUCAGCGAUGAGAGGCUGGGUGGAUGUCAUACCCACUUCGAUUGCAUCCCACAUGUCACCUCGCCAGUGGCUAAAGGGAAGACGUCGAGUGUGAUUCGUGAUGAGAGCAGUCGAAUGAGCAAGCAAAGCGAGAACAUUAAGGAUCGUGUUCGGCGUUUUGGAGUUGCUCGCCUCCACAAAGACUCGCUUCAGCUCCUGCAGACCAAUGUUCGGCUCCGAAACAAUGUAUAUUCACUCUCGCUGACUACGACUUCUCCCACGACGCGACAACUUCUAACGACACUCUAG